UUCAGAAAGAAGGAAGGAAAAAGGGCAGCACAGCCUGAAUCCUAGAUGACACAGGACAGAAGAAAGGGAAGUGUUGGUGACUUGCCUUCUGGUCUAAGGCGUGAGGGUGUCUGUCACGAAGUGCAGAAAAAGGAGAGCAGACCUGCAGUUCUGGGAGAAUGGGAGAAGUGGUGUGGCUAGCGGUGUUUGUGAUGGCUUUCAUCAGCUGCAAUGCCCUCCUGGAUCUGUCUGCUGUCCACCAGGUGGAAGGGGAAUGGAUGGGCUCCACCACUUUACCAUGUACAUACGUGCCCUCAGAAGGUUUCACACAGCAAACACUCACCUGGAGCAUGGAGCGAGACCACAGCACCUCCACCAUCUUUCGUAGGGAUGAAUCUGGUGACCACAUCUUGUUGGCUCGGUUCCGAGACCGGGUCAGUGUCCCAAAGCGCAGCCCAGGGGAUGCCUCACUCCAUAUCAUGAACCUUGAAAUCCCCGACAGCGGACACUACACCUGUCAAGUCAUCUGGAGGUCUAAAAAUAACAGCUUGAUAACAAAGGAUGUGACCACUACAGUUAGAGUCAUCAAAGUGCCAGCAACCAAGCCCAUCAUCAGGGCCGGCGCGCUGGGGCUGAUGGUGCCAGUGGGAGCCAGGACCAGCCUGACCUGCGUGGCCCACGGCUCCCCACCCAUCAGCUACCGCUGGUUCCGGGCAGUGCCAGGGGGGACAGCCCUGCCGCUGAGCAGCCAGGCCGAGCUGACGUGGGACAGCCUGCGGCCUUCCGACGCGGGGACAUACUACUGCGAGGCAGAGAACAGAGUCGGGGCAGGGGUGGUGCAGCGGAGCGAUGCCGUGGAGCUGGUGGUGAGAGGGUCCCCAGUCACACAGCCACCCACGCCUGGGACCAGCCGGCACACAGGACCCCCACUCCCCUCAGAAGGCAGCGAAGCUCCCCAUGCGCUGGGAGAUCUGUCCACAGCAACGCUGUCCGCCAGGAAUGAUGUCGUUUCAGAGAGGGCUCCCGCUGCCACAGGGCCGCCGCGGGCCGCGCUCUCCCCGCACCUCUACGCGCUGGCGGCCGCCCUCGGCGGCGUGGCGAUCGGCGGGCUCCUGGCAGCGCUGCUGUGCCGGCGGCGGACCAAGGCGGAACCCACCUAUGAAGUUGCUUUCCAUAGCACUGCAGAUGUCACAAGACUGGACACUGCUGCAGAAGUACCUGUUCAGUGCCUAAAAGAAAAGAUAAAUUUGGAGGCUGACACAUCCUAUGAAAUUGUCACCAUGAAAGACAACAACUAUGACAAUGUAUGCAAGGGCAAAAAUCCUGAGUAUGAGACCCUUUUGAAUUCCAUGGAAUCAGAAUAUGAAGUGCAAAACUUUUAGCAGAGUACCACAUUUCCACAUGAGCAGCUGCAGAUACUGAAUGGUAAACUUUACCAAGGGAAACUAUUCUUCCUGCCUGCCUUCUCCUCUGAUAAAUAUACCAGUCUUGUUGCCUUUUUUUUUUUUUUUUUUAAAUCCAGGGGAACUGCAUAACCACCUUAGUCUUUGGCAAAUGAGUCCCUGCAGUUGGUGCAGAAACACUCAGCCAAGUGCUUAUCUACCUACCUACAUUUAUUUUUUUAAUAUAAAAAAUAAUUUCUGAGCAGCCUCCAGGUCAAAAUGUUGCUGGGUGCAACACUUAGCUAAUAAUACCAGCAAGAUGUACUCUCAAGUGCAUGUUCCCCUGUUAGGACAUGCCGGCAGGUGAGGAGUCAGGAAUUGUGCUAGAAAUGGAUGUCCCCUGGAUUUUGCAGUUCAGCAAAUACUGGUUGUACAGCUUGUUUUUUGCCUUGAAUCUUACAGAGGAUAGUAUGGGGACAGCAGAGGGGGUUAAUAUGCCAGGAAUAUCACUUUUACAAUCAAACUGGAAAUGGCCCUGUAGGUAAUGAACCUCCUAACUGCCACCUUGUUUUUCUCCUGAAAAAGCAGAGCUGGUGUUGAAAAAAAUUAUAACAUUUUAAUUUUCAAUGUGGAAGACAGAGGCAUGAUAAAAUAGAAGCACUGCAGAGAAAAAUUUGAGACAUUUGUAAUAGCAAUUGUUCAAGGAACCUCUCUGGACUCAACAGACUGGCACUGAUUUGCUGUGUGGGACAUGACACUGGUUCCGAAGUCUGGUUACAACUGUGAUAGUUACGCUGAUCUACAUUAUGGGGAUGCUGUGAGCAUUCAUGUUUGUAAAAUGCCUUGAAAAGUGCUUGGUUAGUGCAAUGCAAUUUCUUUCCCAGGGCAAAUAUGAAAUGCUUCAAAGGAUUUUGUGGCAUAUGGAUUCUGACUUCCUCGUUGUUUUACCAUCCAGCGCCUUCAUUCUUCUGAUGCUGGCAAAUUUAUGCUUUUGCUCUGUCUUCUGGUUUAGUUCUGCAGAGCAGGUAGGGAGGGGUACAGUCAUGGCCACAGUUUGACUUGGAAGUCUGAGUUGAGCUUAACCUUUUAAACAGGAGAGGACAGAAGGGAGGCAUCGAGUCAGCCCACAUCAGACUGCUCUCAUCACUACAGCCCUCACCACACCCCAGAAUGGUACAUGUCACAGUUGUGGUGCUGCCUCCACAUGCACAUUCACAAGCUUGCAGCCACCUACUGCUGCAGUAUAAGCACACUAGGGUACAGCAGUAGUCUCUUGGAACAGUGAUGAGAGCAGACAGACCUGAAGCCGAUGGAAGAACUCCCAUUUCAGUGAGUUUGUUAGAACCAGCAAUACUCGAGCUGGGCAAGUUUAGGGCUGAAGGGUUUCCAAUAUUGCUUUUCUUCCAGAUGCUUCAGCUAGCUCUAUUUUUUUUUUAGGAAUGCACCACUCACAGUAGGGAGGUAAAUGUAAUGCUGCUACAUCACUGUCAGAGGUUAGAAGGGCUCUAAGGCUGCUUAGUGCUAAGUCUUCCUUCAUGGCCAGUGGAAGGCUGAAGUACACUCAAGAGUCUGAGAAGAGAGGUCAUCUAAAGGAUAUAAAAUGCCUGUGAUUUAGCUCAAGUGUCAGAAUCCUUAACUUCCACGUCAUAGCAUUGCUCAAUACAUUGCUCUAAAAGGCAGUUACCUAAAAAAAAUGUUGUGCAGCUCCCUAUUUACUGUUUCCUCAAGGACUUGAACAUUUUCAUCCCAGCAAAACCCAGCUGUUUUCUACCAGCCCACACUGCAAAUGAUUUUCCUUGCAAGAGACUGAAGCCUGGGGGGGUGCAAUCUGCGGCUUGCAGGCUUUAGAGCUGCUUGGCUAGUGACUCUUACAGAUCUGCCAUGCUUCUGCUGCCAACUGCUCUAAAAUUACAAGAUCCACUUAAAAAUAGGAAGCCCACAUUCCCUACGUUAGUUUUAAAACUCUUCUUAGAAUGUGGAUUUUGGCUUUUUUGUUUUGCCAGGUGGUUCCUGUGCUACAAGGCCAUACUUUGCACUGCGAAGGCCUUCCUCUCAAUCAGGAGGGCUGAUCUUUGAGGUCAAUCUUUAAUGCAACACUAGCCAGGCUCAUGAACUUCAGAUUACGUGCAGCCCUGACAAGGAGCCCUUAGUCUAUAAACCCAGUGCUAAUGGGGUGUAGGCUUGGCUGUGGGGUGUGUGAUCUCUUACCUGUGCUUAAACAUACUCUAGGGCAUUCCUGGGUCUCUUGCAAAAAUAAAACAGAGGGUAUGUUCCUUUUUACAAAGGCAGCAAGCUGCGUGCUUAGCUGUUCCUGACUUCAGCUGAAGCACAUUUCCUGCAGGAAGCUUUGUUACCCAAUAGCCUGGUUUGUUUACUCUUUGUUUAUCAUUAGCAUCUUACAUGUACUGGCACUGCUGGUGUGCUGCCAUGGUGCGGGGCCCUCUGUCUGUCAGACCCCUCUGGACACUGGCUGCCGUCCUAUGGACUCGGCAGGCAGAACACCAGUAGGGAUGGGGAUGCUGCCUUAAGUAAAGCAGAUUUUUAGGGACAGUCACUUGGCUUCUGUUAAGUGCCAAGUAAAAUCUUCUGUUAAGAUUUAACAGUGGCUUCUGUUAAACCUAUCAGAGCAGCUGGGGGAGCAUGGUGAAAGCAGACGAGCUUGGGGUCAUGCUGAGAAGGAGUUCUCAGCACUAACUGGAACCCUCAUGGCUGUUGUCUCCGCUCACUCAGCUCUUCCCUUUCCCUGGGCCAGCAGCCUAAGAGCAAGGUCAGGCAGAUUUUUAUGGCCUGAGUGCUGGGAAGAACAGAACCUUGCUUUUACCUUCAGUGCCCUGAAUUACAAUGGCACAUCUUCUUUAGGACAUUAGUGAUUAUAAGAUAAGAUCAGAGAGAAAAUUUUACUGUGUCUUUUGCAGGGUUUCACAUCCACAGCAGUGGGCACUGAGGGGCAGUUGUGCUGCACUGCCAGGCUGCUGUGCUUCCCAGCAGCAGCCAGCGGGGCCUGGCCAUGCUCCCAGGCUGCACAGCACCUGCUCUGGGCUUGCAUGCUGGUGCUGCCCUCCCACUUGGCUAGCUGCCCUCUGCCAAGGACAAGCAGUGCUGGAACCCCUAGAAAUAUGUGUGAGGGGCUCUUCUGCCUUGCACCUAGGACUGAGGUAGGCCAUCCCUGCAUUGCUGUGUGUUCAUUGUAGCUCAUGCAUUCACUGCAGAGCGCACCUCCCAGAAGCUGACCUUGGAGACACCAGGUUGAAACAGAAGCUGUUGGCAUUAGUGGUCUCAGGGGUAAAGCAAAACAAAAACAAAAACAAAAACAAAACAAAACAAAACAAAACAAACAAAAAAAAAAAAAAAAAAAAAAAAAAAAAACAGGGGAAUGGGGAGCUGCAGCUCUGUGCAUGCAGGAUAAAAGCAUCUGGUGUGAGGUCAAUGUUAUGUGGGAGAGGAACUGAAAACUUCUCAGCUUCCCCAUCCUCAACACUGCAGAUCCAGCCCCAAAAUGCAGGAUGAGACACUCUCUUUCUCCUCUCCAAAGUCCAUUCUCAUUCAUUUACAGCUAGCCUAAUGGUUUUUGCAAGAUUUGCUGCCUUUAUAAGCUCAUGAUUUCAAUUUUCCAUUACUAUAUAACACCAUUAUUUUUCCAAAUUUUGGUUCAUCCCAGCACUGAUCUGCUCUGAGGAGCUCCAGACAGUUUCUUCAGAAGCCCUGAAGUCUAGAAGAGGCUGCACAGGAAAAAAAAAAAAAAAAAAAAAAAAAAAAAAAAA